AUGGACGGUGAAAUCGCCCCGCUGGUGGUGGACAAUGGCUCUGGCAUAUGCAAGGCCGGCUUCGCGGGCGACGAUGCCCCCCGCGCCGUCUUCCCCUCCAUCGUGGGGCGCCCCAAGCACCAGGACGUGAUGGUGCCCGUGGACCAGAAGGACUCGUACGUGGGCGACGAGGCCCAGAGCAAGAGGGGCAUCCUGACGCUCAAGUACCCCAUGGAGCACGGCAUCGUCACCAACUGGGCCGACAUGGAGAAGAUCUGGCACCACACCUUCUACAACGAGCUGCGCGUGGUCCCCGAGGAGCACCCGGUGCUGCUGACCGAGGCCCCCCUGAACCCCAAGGCCAACCGGGAGAAGAUGACCCAGAUCAUGUUCGAGACCUUCCACACGCCGGCCUUGUACGUGGCCAUUCAGGCCGUGCUGUCCCUGUACGCCUCCGGCCAUACCACGGGGACCAUGAUGGACUCGGGCGACGGGGUCACCCACAUGAUGCCCAUCUACGAGGGCUACGCGCUGCCCCACGCCGUCCUGCGCCUGGACCUGGCGGGCCGGGACCUGACCGACUACCUGGUGAAGAUGCUCACGGAGCGCGGCUACAGCUUCAGCACCACGGCCGAGCGGGAGAUCGUGCGCGACAUCAAGGAGAAGCUGUGCUACGUGGCGCUGGACUUCGAGCGGGAGAUGGCCACGGCGGCCUCCUCGUCCAUCCUGGAGAAGAGCUACGAGCUGCCCGACGGCCAGGUGAUCACCCUCGGCAGCGAGCGCUUCCGCUGCCCCGAGGCGCUCUUCCAGCCCUCCUUCCUGGGCAUGGAGUCCUGCGGCAUCCACGAAACGACCUUCAAUUCCAUCAUGAAGUGUGACGUGGACAUCCGGAAGGGCCUGUACGCCAACACCGUGCUGUCCGGCGGUACCACCAUGUACCCGGCCAUCGCUGACCGGAUGCAGAAGGAGAUCACCGCCCUGGCCCCCAACACCACGAAGGUCAAGAUCACGGCGCCCCCCGAGCGCAAGUACUCGGUGUGGAUCGGGGGCUCCAUCCUGGCCUCGCUGUCCACCUUCCAGCAGAUGUCGUGGGUCAGCAAGCAGGAGUACGAUGAGUGCGGCCCGUCCAUCGUCCACCGCAAGUGCUUCUAG